CAGUGGCCGUUACAUUGAGAAAACCUACACCUUCACGAAACUCAUGCACUCAUGAACCAAUUCAAUCUUAUCUCGGACGGUCUCUUUCCUUCCUCCAUCGCAAGAUUAUAUGUAUAAGCGACAACGCUAGCCUCUCCGUUUUGUGUGCUGAACCAUAAUGCAGACCAAAUCGAGAUGGCCGCCCGAGUUCCUGGUGACGGCUGUCUCCGAGCUCAAGGUGCAGAGAGGGAUCGCCGUCCCACUGGUCGUGAUGAACCUGACCUGGUUCGCCAAGAUAGCCAUCACGACUGCGUUCCUGGGCCGGCUCGGGGAGCUCCAGCUGGCCGGCGGCACACUUGGGUUCACCUUCGCCAACGUCACCGGGUUCUCAGUCCUGAACGGGCUGUGCGGGGCCAUGGAACCGAUCUGCGGGCAGGCCCAUGGGGCUCGGAACUUCAAGCUCCUCCACAAGACCCUUUUCAUGUCGGUCCUGUUGUUGCUAGCAGCAUCGUUGCCAAUCUCUUUCUUGUGGCUUAAUGUGGACAAAGUCCUGAUCCGUUUUGGACAGCAAGAGGACAUUUCACUUGUUGCCAAGAGCUACCUCUUCUAUCUCCUCCCUGAUUUGGUGGUCACCUCGUUCCUCUGUCCCCUCAAGGCCUACCUGAGCUCGCAGGGUGUGACUGUCCCAAUAAUGUUCAGCUCGGCCCUCGCCCUCGCUUUCCACGUCCCGAUCAACAUCCUGCUGGUAAAACUGAAGGGCCUCCAGGGCAUUUCGAUGGCGGUCUGGAUCACUGAUCUAAUGGUAGCGAUUCUACUUGCUCUGUAUGUGGCGAUUGCCGCACGUGGCAAGGAUCAGAGUUGGAAGGAUGGCGGGUGGUGGGAACACAGAGUUGGCGAUUGGAUCCAACUGCUCAAGCUCUGCGGGCCAUGCUGCCUCACCACCUGCCUCGAAUGGUGGUGCUACGAGAUCCUGGUGCUGCUAACCGGGCGGCUAGAGAACGCCAAGUGGGCAGUGGGAGUGCUCGCCAUCGUGCUUAAUUUCGACUAUCUCCUCUACUCUGCAAUGUUAUCUCUGGCGACAUGUGCAUCUGCACGAGUAUCAAACGAACUCGGGGCGAACCGGCCCCAUAACGCUUACCGAUCGGCCUAUGUCUCUCUUUUAGUAAGCGUCCUCUCGGGUUGCAUUGGCGCGAUGCUCAUGGUAGCAUCUAGGGGGUUCUGGGGCAAUCUGUUCAGCCACAACCUGGGCAUCGUGGCGAGCGUGAAGAAAAUGAUGCUCCUGAUGGCCCUGGUGGAAGUGGUGAAUUUCCCAUUGGCAGUCUGUGGGGGAAUCGUGCGGGGAACGGCGAAACCAUGGCUCGCGAUGUACUCGAACCUGAGCGGCUUUUACCUCCUAGCCUUGCCCUUGGGCAUAUUCUUCGCUUUCAAGGCGGGGCUCGGGCUAGCGGGGCUGUUGCUCGGCUUCCUGGUCGGCGUGGUCUCCUGCUUGAUGCUGCUAUUGGUGUUCGUCGCGAGGAUCGACUGGAACGAGGAAGCUAGAAAGGCCCAAACGUUAGCCUCCACUGACGCCCAAGAAGAACAAGCCGACGGUACUCGGACGCACACAGAAAGAGAAAACCGCACGGCGGCGUGAAGUAGCCCGCGACGUUGCGUCUAUAUCGUAGCAUCGCAUCGACGGCGCCAACCGCCUAAGCCCUUCCAUCUUGGUGAAGUUAGCUGCGUAAUUAAGCUUGGCUUGCUUCACUGACUUAGCGCAUGUAGUUCCUGUUCCUACUGUUCUAACUAGUGUAAAUCAUUUUGGAGUUAAUUUUGCAUUCAAGUCGAAUGUAUCAAUCCAUACGAAAUCACCAAACUGAGUUCGAGA